ACUUUUCAAAAUGUGUUUACACUUUACAGUUUAACUUAAAAUUUAUUUAUUUUUCAAAAUUAACGUAUACAAUUUAAAUCCUGUGCGCAAACUGACCCUAGAAUAUUAUACUUGAAAAAUUGAUUAAUAUGGACCCGCCAUCGCCAUGGAAAAAGCCAAAUCAAGUUAUGCAGAUACAUAAAAAGAGAAAAAAAGCUUUACAGGAACGUAUGAAACAGUCGUCCAAUUCGAUUCCUACAGAAACAAGUUCCACAAACAAAACGUCAGCUAACUUAGAUUUCUCUAGAAUUCUUAACGGCGAUAAAAGAAAAAAUCCUUUUUCCAAGACAGCUGCACAACAGAAUAAAAAAGUAAAGUUAGAAGAUACUAUACAACUAGAUGAAUCAAAUGAUAAAACUCUUUUUGCAUUAUUAAAUUUACCUAAAGUAAUUGAGAAACCACCACAUGAAGUUGACACAGAAAAAUUAUCAACAUUUUCCAAUCUCCUACAAAAAUUCACUGCUGAGCAUACUAUAGACAACAAAGUAAUAGAAAAGAAGUACAAGAAACUGCCAAUAGACUGGGCUCUGAAAACAAAAUUAAGACUUAUGUCAGCUAAACCAUUCCCAUGGACUAAUAAAUUAAAAGCUAGUGAGGAGGCUUCAGGAAUAACUGGAUUUGUUCGUUGCUUAGACACAGCGUCUUCAUCUACAUUAGACACGUCACCGAGAGCGCGUUUUCAUCAGACAUGUUUAUAUUGGCAACAUCCACACUUGCCUUGGUUAAAUCUCUUUCCACGGUCUGGCAGAGUUGCAGCCACCAGCUUCCUGGCUACCAAUGAAGAGGUCAAGAAAGCCCUGCUUACAGAAUGGACAGAGAGUUUUAGGUCAUUGUUUCAGCUGUUACGUGCACUACACUGUCCAUAUUUCUAUGUCUGUGGCAACACGUUUACAUGUCUGUUCCUAGCAGCUGGAAUCUGCGGAAUGACUGAACCCACAGCACUAAUAGCACCCACAACUAGGGGCUUCAGACAGACCUUAAGGCAAGAAGACGUGGAAUACACGAUGCCACUGAGGCCUGAUCAAAAGAAGAAGAUGAAUACCUCAGAGGAAGAUCGAAAGAAUUCCUCCCACGAUAGUUGUUAUGACACAAUGGACACAGGGGAACAUGCUUCGGGGGAUGAAGAGGAUCCUCAUGAGUUCCUUUCCCAAAUGGGAUUGGAAACUGAUGAGAUUAAUAAGAUAAAUAAUGCACAGGCCCGACUAGCCCAUACCGCAGAAAGUACAGUCGACAACGCAGCUGAGUCUUUAGUGGCUGUAAGAGGCGCGGAUGCGCAGGCCCUUUUUAAUUUCCUUCUCAACUGCAAGUCUCUAGUCAGCCCCAAUGGACCCUUUGCGGGGGUCCCACCCACUUUGUUAUCUCCUACAGCCUUUCAUGGAGGGACGCUGCAGUCUUUAAAGGUCCGCGAAAAUGUAAUCCUAUCAGAUAGUAAAAAGUAUUACUCGAUAGAGUUAAGAGGUCCACUUCUGCCGACUGCCCUUCACUCAAUAUUCAGAGUCUUAAAUACCACAUCCAAUGCCCAAUACAGCGCCACUUUCGCACAUCAUCAGCCAACGCUGGCCUUCUCUUGGGCGGCAAAAGUCAUUUCUGAGGACGAAUCAACAAAAGAAAACGAGCCCAAUCACUUCGCAAAAGCAUUUAACAAGGAAAACCUCUCAGACUGCGGUAUAAGUGAAGAUUUAUUAACACAUUUUUGUUCCUCUGAAGCGAAUAGCAUUCUUUCUUUAGAUAGUGUAAAAUAUAAUUCAGAAGAUGAUACGUUUACAUGGUGAUAUUAUUAAUUGGCAUCAAGGGGUUUACCUUGAGCAUAUUGAUGACUUAGACUAGUCAAAAUAAAAUAAAACCAUGUACUACUAUGAACUUAAAUAAUUUGUGGGACCUGUCAAAUAUUUAAAAAUGUACCAUAUUUGUCGUGAGAUUUACUUUAAAAUCACGUUUUGGAGAGUCAAUUCUGUACUUAGUUAAAUUUUCAAGGUGACAACUGCUUGGAGACUCGAAAACUAAAUUUAAAAAAAUUCUUGGGUUUAAAUUUGAUGUGUGUGUUUUUUAAAUAAAAUUUGUUUGAUGCGUGUGUAUAACGACUGUCGUAUUUCAAGUGAGGCCUCUUAAGUCCUGUAUAAUGUUUCUUCUUUUGGUUUAAUUAAAAUAAUUUAAACCGAAAACAAUGUCAGUUUUAAAGAUUUUUACAAGCUAAAUAAGACAGCAGUAACUCCUAUUAUCUUUUACUUAAAAAAAUGCAACAAUUACUUUAUAUUUUAAUAUAUUUGAUAAAUAUAAUUUAUUUACGACUGACAUCUCCUUGUUAAAUAAAUGUAUUG